GGAGUCCCAUUGCACACUGACAACUUCAAAUCUUGAAAACUUCCGCCUUGAGCUGGGAAAGAGUGGAGCAGGAAUAAGUUCUCAGAAGUAAAACACAACGAUUAGAUCAAAGGUUGAGACUGUGUUCUUUGAGGUGUACAAUGGCCACAAAGUUACCAACUCGAGAAGAGUUUGAAAGUUGGAGACCUCGGGAACUAGCAGAAUUCCUGCGACUGAAUAAUUUAAGUGAACCUGCCAGUGUGGUGGAAAGGCAAAAAAUAUCCGGGACAAUGUUUUUGAAUUCAUUAGAUCUUCUCCAGAACCGAUUCAAUGUGAUAAACUACCCACAAAUUCAAAAGAUUGUUCAUGACAUCCAAAAGAGUGAUGGCGGAUUUAUGAGCAGGUUUAAAAAGUUCCAAAAUGAACAAAUGGCCCUGAUGCGCAAAACUGGGAAAAGUACUUGGGAUCGAUUCACGAAACAUCCGCCACCUUCCGUUCCUCGGAGAGAUUAUUCAGAAGGUGCAGGAGCACAGGAGGGAGAACAAUGGUCUGACAAUGAAUUUGAUACCAGCGAUUAUGAAAAUCCAGAUGGACGUUCUGAUGACUCAGACACUUAUGAAGAUCCACGUGAUGAUGGUGAUGAUGAUGAAAAUUACGAGCCACCUCCUAGUGAAAAUAAAAACAAGAAAAUAGUUGCCAAACCUAUGCAUAUUUCCAAGGGUGAAUAUGCAGACAACCGACCAGCAGCCUCUUUUGCAAAGCCACCUCCAAUGCUACCACGAUCGUCACCAGUUCCAGUCCAACGAAAGAUACCUACACAUUCACAGAAAAUAGGAGAAAAGGAAGAUGAUGAGGAUGAUUAUAUUGUUCCUAUGGAGAAUAAUGAACCUGAUGAUGCAUACAUUGACCCUACAGAGAAAGGUGCACCUCCAGUAACAUCGAAACCUCCAAAGGUGAACAGAGCAGCCAAACCAAACAAACCAUCAGGUUUAUCCUCAAGUCCCAAAGCAAGACAUCUUCAUGAUCAAGGGCAAGGUGCCUCUGUAGGCCAGCUGAACACACAAAGCUCACAAGAUCAUGAUGUAUAUGAAGUUCCAGAUACAGAGGAAGCUUCACCAUCAGUGCCCAGGUCCAAACCACAACUUCCAAAACCUGGAUCCACAGGAACAGGAAGUCCAUUGUUACCUCCUCGAUCAUCACCACAAGUAAGCAGUACACCAGAAAUACUCAGAACUGAAGCACCAGUGAACAGAAAAGCACCCAUUCCUCAACCUGAAGAUGACAAUGAGGAAUAUGAAGUAUGUGACCCUGAACCAAGUAAUUCAAGUAGCAGCUCACAGGAUUCCAGGACUGCUCCAGAAAUUCCAAUACCACCACAAAGGGAUCUGAAGCCAACAAACAGACCUUUCCCAAAACCGAGAAUGGGUGAACCUUCAAGGGAACAAACUGAAGGUGAAAAGCCCAGAAUCCCUGAUCGGCCUCGAUUCUCAAGCCCAACAGCAGAAGCUCCUGUUGUACCAGCACCACGUCUUGGCUUUAAGCUAGGUGUUUCGAGGUUGCAACCUGCAAACCAACCAAACUUUCCAGAAAUCCCAACCAGACCUAAUGGGACUCUUGGACGACCCGAUCUCCCUGCACGUGUUUCCAGCCCUAAUUCAAGUUUAGAACAGGUACAAUUUUAGUAAACUAAAUGCAUAUUAUCAAUUUCAUAAGCAGCAUCAGAAAUUAAAUAGAUGGCUUGCAAUUCAGAUAAAAAUUAAAUCAUUGCUGCCUCUGUUCCGUCAUUGAUCUUUUCAAUAUUAAUUCCUUUCAAAACACCCACCCUUAAAUAUUUGCUACAGUAUUUUCUAUGCUUUCUCGUCGCCAUUCUAUUGAAGUACCAAAGAUUGCCUGCUAUUUGAACAUUAACUAUUGAUGUGAAUAAACUCUAUUAAUUAAGCUAUUCUCUCAACUUCCAUUCCCACUACCAAUUGUCCCUAUUUAGUUGAACCAGGCUUUAAUAUUGCCA